CCGAAACAUGAAUGUUCACUUUUUAUAUUCAUAGUACUGAUUUUGCUUUCCAAGCUUUGUUUAAAGCUCUCAUUUAGCUUGCACUUACCAGGAUCAUAUUUCAAUCAAAAAGAAUUUACCGUGUGAGGAGUUUCGUACUCUCUAGUAUUUCAGAUAUUGAGACAGUAUGGAUAAUCUCCUUCCUAGAGGUGAUCCUCGAGUAGAAAAUUGGCCAUUAAUGCAUAGCCCAAUGCCUGUGCUGCUAAUUCUUUCACUAUAUUGGGCUUUUGUUCUUUGGCUUGGUCCAAAAAUUAUGAAAAAUCAGUCUACAGGAUUUCAUCUACGUCCACUUAUGGUUAUUUACAAUGCUGUUAUGGUGGCAUUUUCAUUUUGGCUGGUGUAUGAAUUCGCUGUAUCAGGUUGGCUGACUGGUUAUACAUUUGGCUGUCAACUGGUCGAUCGUUCAACAAGACCAAAAGCUAUGCGUAUGGCUAAUGUUUGCUGGUUCUACUUUAUUACCAAGCUUAUUGAAUUAUUUGAUACUGUAUUGUUUAUUCUUCGAAAGAAAUUUGAAUUAGUCAGCUUUCUUCAUGUAUUCCAUCAUUCAAUGAUGCCUAUAUCUUGGUGGUUUGGUGUAAAGUAUGUUCCAGGUGGUAUAGGAACUUUCCAUGCAUUUUUAAAUAGUAUUAUUCAUUUCUUCAUGUACACCUAUUAUGGUUUGGCUGCAGCUGGGCCUCGUUUUCAACGUUAUCUAUGGUGGAAAAAAUAUAUGACUACAGCUCAGAUAGUUCAGUUUAUCAUUGUGAUUUUCCAUUCCGUGUAUACUCUGUCGUUAAGAGACUGUGAUUAUCCAAAGUUGUUCAACUACUGGAUUUUAUCGUCUGCAUUGAUUUUCCUAUUUCUGUUCGCUAAAUUCUACUCAAAGACAUACAAGAAGCCAGUCCAUUCAAUGAGUGAAAACACGCUUGAAAGCAAAUACAAUCAUAAGAUCCACUCAUUGAAAUCUGAUUAACUAAAUUAUUGAGAUAAAUAACCCUUCAAAUUGUGUUAUUCGUUCAACUUCUCAUUCUAUUUGUAUACGAGUGUAUACAUCAAAAUUUAUUUAGAAGAGGAAUCAUUACUGUACAAUAACAAAACAAAACACAACAACUAAUCACCUGAGAAUGAAUGAAGCAAACCGAAAAGGAAGCGAAACAUCAACAACAGCAGCAACAACCACAACGAGUUUCUGCUACAUUGUCUAGUUAUCUUUCUUCCACUCUGUCUUUCGUCAUUCCUCUGUGCUUCAUCUUCACAUUCUUCUGCAUUUUCAUUGCUACCGUCUUCUUCUUCUCCUCUUCCUUGUUCUCCUUCUGCUUCCUGUUCGUCUUGCUUUGCUGCGCCAUAUAUAAUCAUCAUUCUCCGUAUCCUUGUCAUCAACUCAAUGUGUUAUCUAUGUGUAUGCAACAGUUUAUGCCAUUCUUGUCUAUCAAGAGAAAUAUGCCUACUACCUAUUUGGUUUAUUAUGAUUAUUAUGAUUAUUAUUAUUGUUAUUGUUAUAUUUUGUGUGUAUUCAUAAAUAUAAAUUAUCCUGUUGAA